AUGACCCUUUUCACACCUGCCCCCCCCCCCCCCCCCCCGACAGGCAAGCGGGUAGCGGUCGUCGAUAAGAAGGACCUUUUGGGAGGCGUUUGCGUGCACACCGGGACCAUCCCCAGGGAGGCGGUUUUGCACUUGACGGGGUACAGACACCAGGGAUUCUACGGGCGAUCGUACAAGAAGACCAUCAGCAUGCCCGACCUGCUCUCGAGAGUGAAGAAGGUGGAGGCAGCGGAGACUGAUGUCGUAACCGACCAGCUCAGCAGGGAGGGCGUGGAAAUCAUCACGGGAACGGCACGGUUUGUGGAGUCGGACAGCGGUGACUCCAGAGUGUCGGCGAUGGUGCUGCGGUCGUUGGGCGACGAACACGAGGCUGCCAGCUCUCCGUACCGGCACGUCGGGGCGGACACGCCCAAGUCGGUCAUAUCGGCCGAGCGUUUUCUCGUGGCGUGCGGGACGCGACCCGUACGGCCCCCCGACAUUCCCUUCGACGGGACGCAUAUUUUCGACUCGGAUCAGCUUCUCUGGGGAGGCAUCACGCACAUUCCCAGAGACCUUAUCGUCGUUGGAGCCGGGGUCAUCGGGAUGGAGUACGCGUGCAUGAUCAACGUCGUACCGGGGACCACCGUGACGGUUAUCGACCCGAGACCAACGGUGCUAUCCUUCGCGGACAAUGACGUCAUCGAGAACCUCCAAUACACCAUGCGCCAGAACGGUGCACGCUUCCUCCUAAACGAGCACAUAACCCGGAUCGAGAAGAUCGAAAAGAAGGACAGCAACGGAGGCGUGAAGGUCAUCGCGCACCUAGCCUCCGGUAAGCGGGUCGUAGGGGACGCCCUCCUGUACACCAUGGGGCGGCAGGGAAACACAGACAGCAUGGACCUCGCCCGGGCCGGGCUAGAGGCCGACAAGAGAGGCUUGCUGGAGGUUAACGACUUCUACCAAACUUCCAACCCUCGUGUAUACGCGUGCGGAGACGUGAUUGGUUACCCCGCUCUGGCAUCCACUUCGAUGGAGCAGGGACGGCGAGCAGCACUUCACAUGUGGGGGCGGCGGCCGAGAUUGGACGGCGAGUCGAAGGGCGACCAGCUCGACGUGUCGGACGAAACCGAGCACGCGAGAGUGAAGUCGGUUGCGGACGGAGGUUUCUUGGGACGCGAGUCGGAGCAGCUGUUCCCUUACGGCAUCUACACCAUCCCCGAGGUGUCCAUGAUCGGGAAGACGGAGGCGCAGCUCACGGCUGAGGGGGUGUCGUACGAGGUCGGGCUCGCGGACUACCAGGAGCUAGCAAAGGGGCAGAUGCUGGGAGGGGCGGACGGGUUCCUCAAGCUUAUCUUCCAUACCGAGACCCUCAAGCUGCUCGGCGUGCACUGCAUCGGCGACGGAGCGACCGAGAUUAUCCACAUCGGACAGGUGGUGAUGAGCCAAGGUGGAACGAUCGAGUAUUUCCAGACGGCGGUGUUCAACUUCCCCACCCUGGCCGAGGCGUACAACGUCGCCGCCGCCGACGGCCUGCGAAAGGUAGACCACGAGCUCGGCGAAUACUAG